GGCCCGGGCCCAGCUCUCCCACCAGCCGCGCUUGCGAGUCCGCCGGUGCCGCGGACCUUUUCUCUCCGGCUCGUGUUUCCGGGCGGAUGGCAUACUGAGGAAGGUGUCAGGCCAGGGUUUCCAGGACUUGGGAGAGGACGGGCGUGAGCACUCAUGGCCUGGCAGUGUCUCCCGGUACCCCGGCUUGAGGGCGUUUCGCAGGAACGGUUCAUGCAGCACCUGUACCCGCAGAGAAAACCCCUAGUGUUGGAGGGAAUUGAUUUGGGGGCAUGUACAAGCAAAUGGACAGUGGAUUACCUGAGCCAAGUUGGAGGGAGAAAAGAAGUAAAGAUUCAUGUUGCUGCAGUUGCCCAGAUGGACUUCAUUAGUAAGAACUUUGUAUAUAGAACUUUACCUUUUGAUAAGUUGGUUCAGAGGGCAGCUGAAGAAAAGCAUGAAGAAUUCUUUAUUUCAGAGGAUGAGAAGUACUACUUACGGUCACUUGGGGAGGACCCUAGAAAGGAUGUUGCAGAUAUCAGAAAGCAGUUUCCUUUACUGGAAGGAGAUAUCAAGUUUCCAAAAUUUUUCAGAGAGGAGCAGUUCUUUUCCAGUGUUUUUCGAAUUAGUUCACCAGGAUUACAACUUUGGACCCACUAUGAUGUAAUGGAUAACUUCUUAAUACAAGUGACGGGAAAAAAGCGUGUUGUACUAUUCAGUCCUCGAGAUGCCCAGUAUUUAUAUUUAUCAGGUACUAAAUCAGAAGUACUGGAUAUAGAUAACCCAGACUUAGCUAAAUAUCCGCUGUUUUCCAAGGCUAGAAGGUAUGAAUGUUCCCUUAAAGCUGGAGAUGUAUUAUUCAUUCCUGCUUUAUGGUUCCAUAACGUAAUUUCUGAAGAGUUUGGAGUGGGAGUGAAUCUCUUUUGGAAGCACCUUCCAUCUGAAUGCUAUGAUAAAACAGAUACCUAUGGAAACAAAGAUCCUACUGCAGCAUCAAGAGCUGCACAAAUUUUGGACAGAGCUUUGAAAACACUGGCUGAAUUACCAGAGGAAUACAGGGACUUCUAUGCACGGCGAAUGGUCUUACACAUUCAAGAUAAAGCCUAUAGCAAAAACUUUGAGUAAAUAAUGAAGUGAAUGCAGUGAAUAUAAACUUUUAAAUACAGUUCAACUCAAAUAUUGGAAAAAUAUAACCACAUGUAAAUUAUUUUUUAAAAGAUUCAUUCUUUGUUAAAAUAGGAAAGAAAAACCUCGGAUUUAUAGAUUAAAUAUAUAUGAAUUGUUUAUAUGGUUUCUAUUUAAUAUAGAUUAUUAUGGGUGGGACCACUCUAGCUUUCAGAUGCAAAUAACUAAAAAUCCAACUUAAAAUGACUUAAUAAAAUAUAUUGAAUCAUUAUACAUGAAGUCUGCUGAUAGAAUGGGCUUUAGUAUUUCGAUCCAGUGAUUAAGUAGUGUCACCAAGAGCCUCUAGGAUUUUUCCUCCCAUUUUCAACAGCAGCAUUGGCAUCAUCCUAAGGCUGGCUACUCUUGUGGUCAUGGGAUGAUUGCCAGUAGCAGUUUGAGCCAUGUGCGUCUUCAUUUACAUGCAGUGGAGGAGUCAGGCUGGAUUCCAGGGGCCUUCUCUUAAUAUGCAAAAGCUUUCCCAGGAUUUGCUACCAAAUCCUUGGGUCUCAUUGACUUAAAAGUAGCUUAGACCUGUCCAUCCCUGAGUCAGUCACUGGAAAAGGGUAUGGAAUAACCCAUAGGCCAGUUGGGUCUCCUGGAGCUUAGAACCCUCUUCCUCUGAGGCACAUGGGGUAUAUAUGGGGACAGCAUGGAUAAUUUUUAAAAUCAGGAUUGAGAUUAGGAAAAAAGGUGAGCAACCAACAAUAUCUACUACAUUUAUCUUUUGAGCUUUUUAUUUUUUUUAAGAUUUUAUUCAUUUAUUUGACAGAGAGUAUAAGCAGGGGGAGCAGCAGGCAGAAGAAGCAGGCUCCCCGCUGAGCAGACCCUGACAUGGGACUCCAUCCCAGGACUCUAGAUCAUGACCUGAGCCAAAGGCAGAUGCCUAACCAACUGUGUUACCCAGGCGCCCCCUUUUGAACUUUUUAAAAUGCGGAUGUCUAGGUCCCAACUUUAUAGAUUUUGAUUUAGUAUGUUUGGGGUUUGGUAUAGUAUCUGUAUUUGGUAAACCUCAUGGGUUGUUUUGAUGUAUAAUCAGGAUUGAGAACAGUUGGAUCAGAUGAUAAUAAUUCAGAUUAUUAGUUUUGUGAUUCAUCCAAAACAUGUUUAAUCUGAUCCUGGUUUUUCUUGGCACUCAGUGUAAGUCAGGCCUGCCUCUUUUUUCAGUUUUUCAAUGUCAGAAAAUACUCAAAUCUGUUUUAAUUUAUACUUAUAGCUAAACUUCAACCCCGUUAGUUUUCCCUACUAAAUGCUUUCCCACCUAUCCCUUUUUUAGAGAAAUUAUUUAAGAACAAAUACAGGAGAGAUCCCAAUAAUGUUGUCAUCAUUGAAGACAAUGAGCCAUUGUAUGUGGAUCUGUGCCAUUCUUUGUUUUGCACCUAGUAAUUCUAUUGCAAUGUCACUGAAGAAAGACCAGAUACAUCUACUGAGCACAAAUGUGCUCAUCUAAAGUAAUGAGUGCCUCAAGUUGGUGCAUUUUAAUUAUGGAGAAAAUUUUUUCUGUUAAAGUAAUUCAUCCAUUCAUAUCCUGUGUUUGCAGUUGGAUUAAUUUCAGGAUUAAAAAGCAGGUUAUAAUAAAUAAGAAAGGAAAAUAUAUAAAAAAUUAUUCUGAACUUCUUAGGUGUCUUUAGGAAGAGAUUAAAGUUACUCAGUUAAAAAAAGUGAAAAGAUGGUCUGUUAGAAAAGGAAUUACUACAUUAGUCAGAUUUAAUGAUUAGUUUUUUUUCAUCUUUGAUUACUUCUUACAUUAAGCAAAGAAAUUCUUUAAUGAUUCCUUUUCCUUUGGUUAGGAAAAAAAAAGACAAAACCUCUUUUAGUUUGAACAGUACUUAUAGUCAGCUUUUAAAUAAAACCCUUCUUGGUUUUGUUUCUUUUUAAAAAACCAGUAAGAGAAUCAGCGCAAAGUACAUAUCCAGAGUCAUUUACUUGGAAGUAAAACCGAGAUUACAAUCUUCCCAUGAAUAUUCAUUUUAAUCAGUUAUUUGGGAAGCAAACUGGAUGACCUUAGGUGAUUUAAAUAACUUAUUUUUUAUGAAGCUUAUCCACCUCAUCUUUAAACUUGUACUUUAUAGGGUUGCUGCAAAAAUACAAAGAGAUAAUUCAGGGCAAGGACAGUUGAUAGCUGAUGCUAGCUUUCAGAUUUGAGAUGGCUCUUGUUGCAGUAUUAGAAUAUCUAGAAAACUAGAAGUGAAGUUUUAAAAUUAUUUCCUUGGUCAUAAUCUUUAAUGUUAAGAGUGUUUAUUUUAAAUGUAAAGUAUUAUUUUAAAUGUAUUUUAUCUUUUUUGGUCACCUGAUUGAGACCAAAUGAGAUGUUUUUGAUUCUUAAAAUAUUAAACAGUAUGUGUUAGCUGCAACUUCUCAGGAAUUCCAGAUCUUAGAACUUUACUGCUGAAAGGGAUCUUAGAAAUCAUUUUAUCAAUCCAGAUUGCUUAAGUGAUUGUCCAGGCUUACACAGCUGCGUGAUACAACUGGAAUUAACGGUUGUGACCAGAUCAUUCUUCAUGCUUUCUCCCUUAGGUGCAGCUCAUCUCUUUUUUGUUCUUUGGCUACAGUUUGGGGGCUUGACCUGAUUUACAAAGGAAUUUUUUUCCUCUGUCAGCAAAACAACUCACUAUACUACAUGGACAAAAGAUACAAAGUAAGACAAAGGGAUGCAAAAUAAGAUUAAUGAACAAGUAGACAGCAGAGGGUAAUAUAAAAAUGGAAUACUAUGCAGUCAAAGAAUGAGACAGAGGUAUUGUAGUACUGGCAAGAAAUUUUUCCAAGGUAAUUAAAUGAGAAAAAGGUUGGAAACUAUGGCUAUAGUAUGCUGCCAUUUGUGUAAAACAAAGGUAUUCUGUAAGUAAGCAUUUGUAUAUGCAUAGAAUUAUCUCUGCUGGGAUACACAAGAAACCAGUGAUAGUGAUUGUCUCUAAGAAGUUAGACAAGUUAGGUGGGCAGACUGGCCUCUGCAGUUGUGUAUUA